GCCCUCAAAUGUCUGCGUUAUGAGACGCGUUAUGUGACUUAGCUGGACUCAGCGUUUGUUUGUCCAGCGGGCGGCUUACACAAGCUUCGCACCGGCACCAAAGUGAGCACAGGCCAGCUCCACUUUCGACUGUUUAUUGUUUUUAUUUUUUAUUUUUAUUUUUUUCUAAGAAAACCACAAUGUUUCCAGCUAGCAGAUACUCAUGCCGAGCCCACAGAUGUAUAAGGGCACUGAAAACCGUACAGACGGAGCAUGCCUCCCCUCAGCUGUACACAACCAUACACAGAAGGGCAUGGAGUUCGGGAUCAACGCCCCGCAUCACCACACAUUACACCAUCCAUCCUCGAGAAAAGGAUCCAAGAUGGGAAGGCGUCGAAAUGGAGAGGUUUGCCGAUGAGGCUGAUGUGGUGAUAGUAGGAGGAGGCCCUGCGGGUCUUUCAGCAGCCAUCCGUUUGAAGCAACUAGCCAAUGAACAUGGGAAGGAGCUGCGAGUGUGCCUCGUGGAGAAGGCCUCUCAGAUUGGAGCGCACACUCUGUCUGGAGCCUGUUUGGAGCCCAGUGCCCUCUUCGAGCUCUUCCCUGACUGGAAGGAACGAGGGGCACCUCUGAACACUCCAGUGACUGAAGAUGUUUUCAGCAUUUUAACAGAGAAAUACAGAAUCCCUGUCCCCAUGUUACCAGGCCUACCCAUGCAGAACCAUGGCAACUACAUUGUGAGGCUAGGAAACUUUGUUCGCUGGCUGGGGGAGCAGGCUGAGGAGCUUGGAGUGGAGCUGUACCCUGGAUACGCUGCAUCUGAGGUUUUAUUUCAUGAAGAUGGCAGUGUUAAAGGAAUCGCCACCAAUGACGUAGGCAUUGCCAAGGAUGGCUCACCAAAGGAUAUUUUUGAGAGGGGAAUGGAGCUCCAUGCUAAAGUCACGUUGUUUGGAGAGGGAUGUCACGGACACUUGGCCAAGCAACUGUACAAACAAUUCAACCUGCGUGAGAACUGUGCACCCCAGACAUAUGCCAUUGGCUUGAAGGAGCUGUGGACGAUUGAUGAGAAAAAGUGGAGGCCAGGUAGAGUGGAGCAUUCUGUGGGUUGGCCGCUCAACAGACACACGUAUGGAGGAUCCUUCUUAUAUCACCUGAAUGAAGGAGAGCCACUUGUGGCCCUGGGCUUUGUUGUUGGGCUGGACUACUCCAACCCGUACCUGAGCCCUUUCAGAGAGUUCCAGCGCUGGAAACACCACCCCUUUGUAGCUCCCACACUAGAGGGAGGCAACAGGAUUGCUUAUGGAGCCAGGGCGCUGAAUGAGGGAGGAUUUCAGUCUAUCCCAAAGCUGACUUUCCCUGGAGGGCUGCUGAUCGGCUGCAGCCCCGGUUUCAUGAACGUCCCAAAAAUCAAAGGAACCCACACAGCAAUGAAGAGUGGCAUGCUGGCUGCUGAGGCCAUUUUCCCCAAAGUCACAGCUGAGAACUUGGACUCUGAGACGGCAGGACUCAGUGUACCCGAGUAUGCAGAGACCCUGAAGAAUUCAUGGGUGUGGAAGGAGCUGUACUCAGUGAGGAACAUCAGGCCGUCCUUCCACAAUUACUUUGGCCUCUAUGGUGGCAUGGUCUACACUGGACUGUUCUACUGGAUCCUCAGAGGAAAAGAGCCUUGGACACUCAAGCACUGUGGCCUUGAUGCAAACCAGCUGAAGCCUGCUAAAGAUUGCACACCGAUUGAGUACCCCAAGCCCGACGGUAAGAUAAGCUUCGACCUGUUGUCCUCUGUGGCUCUGAGCGGCACCAACCAUGAGGGGGACCAGCCCCCCCAUCUGACCUUGAAGGACGACAGCAUCCCCGUGGCUAGCAACUUGGCCAUUUAUGAUGGACCCGAGCAACGCUUCUGUCCUGCAGGUGUGUACGAGUACGUUCCCUUGGAGACGGGAGACGGGAUGAGGUUACAGAUAAACGCUCAGAACUGUGUCCACUGCAAGACCUGCGACAUCAAGGACCCAAGCCAGAACAUUAACUGGGUAGUGCCUGAGGGCGGCGGAGGACCAGCCUACAACGGAAUGUAAAUGUUUGUUGUUGUUGUCUUGAAAGAUAAAUUAAGUCUGCCACAUCCAGGGCUACACUACUUGCCAGUGUUUGGCAAAUGUGCCUAAGCUUAGAACUUGAAGAAAUGAUGCAACUGUUUAAGGGUACAAAAAAAAAAAUGGAAUAUUAAAAAUAAAGCUACAUUUUGUGAUAGAUGUUAAUUCUUUAAUUAUACAGUGGGUUAUUAAGAUUACUAAAGAUGAAGCAAAAAUAUUAAAUACAGGACCAUGUAAGUUGGAAUGUGCAGUUUUAUUGGUCAUACCUGUCAUGGGGACAUUAAUAUAGUUUAAAAGUGGCUCUUUUGCUUAUAGGAAGCUACAACUGUAUUAGUUAAUGUACUGUAAAAUAUGUCACUGAACAAACUCUUUAAGGUUUAUUUUUGCAGCACAUUUUGACAGAUUUUACUCCACACAGUAUUGUACAUAUAUGAUGAUAUCAGAGCAACAAAUAAAGAACACUUGAUGGUU